CUCUAACUACAACAUUAACCGUUAGAGAUGGAUUCUCUGUACGUGUCCUCCCACCCUGACGACUUCAGGAGUUUGCUGGUCCUCAUUGCUGCUGAAUACUCUUCCUCUCGCCCACGGGUACACCACGAGGAGCCUCCUGCUAGUGUAAGUCGGUCUCAUCCUGCACUGGUUCUGGGGAGUGCAGAGGGCACAGCGCUGUGUGGUGCCAGCGCGGUCGGUUGGUACCUAGCUUCAGCCGGCAAGAGGACUGGCAGCGAUGAAAAGCAGCAGAGUCAGGUGUGGCAGUGGCUGAGCUUUGCUGAGAACGAGCUCGUUCCUGUAGCCUGUGCCGUGGUCUUUCCUCUGUUAGGAGUGAUGGGCAUGGACAAAAAGCUGCAGCAGAGUUCUCGUGGAGAGCUGUUACGUGUCCUGAAGGUUCUGGAUCAGGCGUUGGAGCCGCGAACGUUCCUGGUUGGAGAAAGUUUGUCCCUGGCUGAUAUUGCUGUUGCUAUGGCUGUGCUGCUGCCUUUCAAAUAUGCACUUGAGCUAUCGGACAGAAAGUCUGUAAUGAAUGUCAGCAGGUGGUUCGAUACCUGUAUAAACCAGCCACAGUUCCUGAAGGUGCUGGGCAAAAUCGCACUCUGUCAGAAAAUGGCACCUGUGUCCUCGAAACCCAGCUCCGCCACCAAUGGUGCCGCUACAAACAGUGCCGCUACAAACAAUGGCACACCCGACAGCACACCUGCUAAUGGUCCACCCAAGACUGAAGCACAGCUGAAAAAGGAGGCUAAAAAGCGUGAGAAGAUGGAGAAGUUCCAGCAAAAGAAGGAGAUGGAGGAGAAGAAGAAGCAAAUGCAGUCUCAGUCAGAGAAAAAAGCCAAACCAGAAAAGAAGGAACUGGGAGUGAUUACAUACAACAUCUCUACCCCGACUGGAGAGAAAAAAGAUGUGCUAAGUCCUCUGCCAGACUCGUACAGUCCUCAGUAUGUAGAAGCAGCCUGGUACUCAUGGUGGGAGAAACAGGGCUUCUUUAAACCUGAGUAUGGGCGGAAGAGCGUCAGUGAGCCGAACCCUUGUGGGAUUUUCAUGAUGUGCAUUCCUCCGCCCAAUGUGACCGGCUCUCUUCAUUUGGGCCAUGCUUUAACCAAUGCCAUUCAGGACUGCCUGACCAGAUGGCACAGGAUGAAAGGUGAGACCACACUGUGGAACCCUGGCUGUGAUCAUGCUGGCAUCGCAACUCAGGUGGUGGUGGAGAAAAAGCUGAUGAGGGAGAGAGGGAUGUCUAGACACGACCUCGGCCGAGAGAACUUCAUCCAGGAGGUGUGGAAGUGGAAGGAUGAAAAGGGAGAUCGGAUCUACCACCAGCUGAAGAAACUUGGCUCCUCUUUGGACUGGGACAGGGCGUGUUUCACUAUGGAUUCUAAAUUGUCAUAUGCAGUUCAGGAGGCUUUCAUCCGUAUGCAUGAAGAGGGAGUGAUCUACAGAAGCAAGAGGCUCGUGAACUGGUCCUGCACCCUCAACUCUGCCAUUUCUGAUAUUGAGGUGGAUAAGAAGGAGCUGACAGGCCGAACGCUGCUUCCAGUGCCGGGCUAUAAGGAGAAGGUGGAGUUUGGAGUUCUGGUGUCUUUCGCCUACAAGAUUGAAGGAUUUGAUGAAGAGGUGGUUGUAGCGACGACACGUAUCGAGACCAUGUUGGGUGAUACAGCUGUAGCGGUCCAUCCUGACGAUCCCAGAUAUCAGCACCUGAAAGGAAAGAUGGUGCUUCACCCGUUCUGUGAUCGCAAGAUGCCCAUUGUGUUCGACAGCUUUGUGGACAUAAACUUUGGAACAGGUGCGGUGAAGAUCACGCCCGCUCAUGACCAAAAUGACUACGAAGUGGGCGUGAGGCACAACCUGCCUUUUAUUAACAUCCUGGACGAGAACGGAUUCCUCAUCAAUGUUCCUCCUCCAUUCCUGGGCAUGAAGCGGUUUGAGGCUAGGAAAGCUGUGCUCCAGGCUCUGAAGGACAAAGGCCAAUUUAAAGAGAUUAAAGAUAACCCCAUGGUGGUGCCUGUGUGCAGCCGCUCAAAGGACAUCGUGGAGCCCCUGCUGAAGCCACAGUGGUACGUUAAAUGUUCAGAGAUGGGGAAGCAGGCAGCUGAUGCUGUGAGGAACGGAGAGCUGAAGAUUAUACCAGAGCACCACCUGAAGACCUGGUUCAACUGGAUGGAUAAUAUCAGGGAUUGGUGUAUCUCUCGCCAGUUGUGGUGGGGUCACAGGAUCCCGUCGUAUUUCGUCACAAUUAACGAUCCAUCAGUCAAACCAGGAGAGGAUGUGGAUGGUCAUUACUGGAUUAGUGCUCGGUCAGAGGAAGAAGCCAGAGAGAAAGCGGCCAAGCGCUUCAAUGUAACCACCGACAAAAUCUCCCUGCGCCAGGAUGAGGACGUUUUGGAUACCUGGUUCUCCUCUGGAAUCUUUCCCUUCUCUAUCUUUGGAUGGCCAAAUGAAUGCGAGGACCUAAGUGUAUUUUACCCCGGCACUCUGUUGGAAACAGGCCACGAUAUUCUGUUCUUCUGGGUGGCACGGAUGGUCAUGAUGGGCCUCCAACUCACGGGAAAACUCCCAUUCAAGGAGGUGUAUCUGCACGCUGUGGUGAGAGAUGCUCAUGGCAGGAAAAUGAGCAAAUCUUUGGGUAACGUCAUCGAUCCACUAGACGUCAUCACUGGAAUCUCAUUAGAGGGUCUUCAUGCUCAACUGCUGAACAGCAAUCUAGACCCAGUUGAGGUUGAGAGGGCCAAACAAGGACAGAAAUCUGAUUACCCUAAUGGAAUUCCGGAAUGUGGAACUGAUGCGCUCAGAUUCGCACUGUGUGCCUAUACCAGCCAAGGACGGGACAUUAAUCUGGAUGUGAACAGGAUCCUGGGAUACAGGCAUUUCUGUAACAAGCUUUGGAACGCUGUGAAGUUUGCCAUGAGGACGCUGGGUGAGGGGUUCAAACCCUGGGAGAAAGCACAGCUGUGUGGCAGGGAGAAUGUUUCCGAUCGCUGGAUUUUGUCCCGUCUCAGUGCCGCCGUGGUUCAGUGCGGGAACGGAUUCCAAGCCUACGAUUUCCCGGGGAUCACCACAGCCAUUUACAGCUUCUGGCUGUAUGAGCUGUGUGACGUCUAUCUGGAAAGUGUGAAGCCUGUGUUGAGCAGAACCGACGCUGAAGGUCAGAAGCAGGCCGACGUUUGCAGACAGACCCUCUACACGUGUCUGGAUGUGGGGCUUCGUCUCCUUUCUCCCAUCAUGCCUUUUGUCUCUGAGGAGCUUUUCCAGCGCUUGCCACGCAGACGGCCACAGGACAGCCCCCCCAGCAUCUCUGUCACCCCUUACCCAGAAAGCUCAGAGUUCUGCUGGCACAGUGAAGAGGUGGAUCAACAGAUGGAGUUUGUGAUGACCGUAAUCAGAACCAUUCGAUCUCUCAGGGCCGACUACAACCUGACCAAGACCCGCGCAGACUGUUAUCUGCAGUGCAUCGACUCUGAUACAGCAUCUCUGGUGGAGAAAUACAGCCUGCAGAUCCAGACUCUGUCCUACUCUCAGGCCAUCCAUUUGAUCACCGGGGGCGACAGCGCUAUCCCAGCAGGCUGUGCGGUGGCCAUCGCCUCUGACAGAUGCACUGUCCAUCUCAUGCUCAAGGGCUUAAUUGACGUAGAAAAAGAGGUGGCUAAACUGACGACAAAGAAGAGCGAGCUGGAGAAGCAGAUGGAGAAACUGGAGGAGAAAAUAAAGAAGAACGAUUACAAGGAGAAGGUUCCAGCCAAGGUGCAGGAGCAGGAUACUGAGAAGCUGAGGCAGAGUCAGACGGAACUGCAGAAAGUAAAGGAAGCCAUCGAGAACUUCAGAAAAAUGAUGUAACAUCUAAUUCCACAGAUUCCCUGCAGUUGUUUGAUUUUUUACACCGUUUAUCUGCAUCAUGUGGCUGUAAAACACUGUCUUCUGUCUAACUGGGUUAACACAGGGAAUUAAAUACUAACAUUAGCUUAGCUUGUUCAACUGUCUUUUGUAAGUGUGCAAACUUUACUUCAUCUUGAUGUCUUAGAUUCUCAUAGCUACACUUACAAUACAACCUAAGACUUUUAGCUGGAAAUUGCUGAAUGGACAGGGAUACACUGAUCAGCCAUAAUAUUAAAACCACCUCCUUGUUUCUACACUCACUGUCUAUUUUAUCAGCUCCAUUUACCAUAUAGAAGCACUUUGUAGUUCUACAAUUACUGACUGUAGUCAAUUUGUUUCUCUGCAUGCUUUUUUAGCCUUUUAGUCCAGCAGGGUCAGUGAGGUGUUUAAAAAAACUCCAUAAGUGCUGCUGUGUCUGAUCCACUCAUACCAGCACAACACACACUAACACACCACCACCAUGUCAGUGUCACUGCAGUGCUGAGAAUGACCCACCACCCAAGUAAUACCUGCUCUGUAGUGGUCCUGGGAGAGAGAAACAGAUAGACUACAGUCAGUAAUUGUAGAACUACAAAGUGCUUCUAUAUGGUAAAUGGAGCUGAUAAAACCAGAUAAAACCGCUGAACCAGAAAAGUUUUUUGCUGGUGGCAUUAAAAAGUUGGAAUGAUGCUGGGAAAAUGCAUGGGAAUGUGACUGUGUAGAAAAGUUAUGCCAUUUAUUUUUGAAAUUCUUAAUAAACUUAAAUAAAUUAAGUUCAUGAAGCUCAUAA